ACCAUCUACCAUUAUUGUAACCUGGCUUCGUAUCGCACCCAGGGGCGAAUACAAUUCAUCAAAAUUAAAGAUACGCGGGCGUUUGACAGACGUUUGUUUAUGUAAGUUGUUAGGAGUAACGUGUUUGAACUUUUUUUUCUCUUUCGUUUUCUGUUUCACUUUUCCUUUUUUUUCUUCUUCUCGUUUUUUUUUUCGUAUGUGUCGUUUUAGGUAAAUGUGGUUGUGUUAUCAUUAUGAAUGUGUUAAUUGUUCUAAUUUAUUGUUGUGUAGUGGGAUAUUGCGCCGAUGAAGAACUGGUGGAAGAUGAUGGGCCUAAAUUCAAUAGCACUUCGAGUACGUUUAAUGUGGUGGAAAAUAGCACAAUUAGCAUACCGUGCUAUUUAGAGAAUAUGGAAAAUACCACCACGAUAUGGUUCAGAAAUGGUAGGAAAAUUGCGGAUUCUAGAAAUUCAUUUCAGGAAACACCGACCAAUAUUAGAGCUUCUAAGAAUCAUACCCUAACGGUGACAAAUAUCCAGAGAAGCGAUUCCGGCGAAUAUUCGUGUCAUGUUGUGGUUCGAAACCGCAAUAGAUCAUCGAAACAGCAUCACUUAGUCAAUGUUAUGUUUCCUUCAACAGUGUAUCCUGAACCAAAUACAGGUGGUUUAGAUGUUGAACUAAUGCAGCCAUUUUCACUGACCUGUGAUGUUACUGGCAAUCCUCGACCAGCAAUUAAAUGGUAUUUUAAGAAUCGCGAAUUACUCACAAAAAACGAAUACCUAUCCGUAUUCAAUGUUUCAAAAGCAACAAAAGAACACAGCGGAGAAUAUCACUGCGUUGCGGAUAAUUCGGUUGGUAAACCAGCGAUGGCGAAUUUUCAUAUUCGAAUAUUAUAUUAUCCGGAAAUCACUGUGCCGAGAGAUUGGGUCCAUAGCGCCAAAGGUGAACGAACAGAAUUAGUUUGCAAUGUUUCAGCUACUCCUAGAGCCAAGGUCGACUGGUAUCACGAUCAUCAACCUGUCAAUUUUAGUUCGAAAAUUUCUACUCGAAUAUUCGGUGAAAAGCACGUACUCACUAUUAAAGACAUGAAAUAUUCUGAUUUUGGAAAUUACUCUUGCCAAGCCACAAAUUUCUUAGGCAGAAACAUCAAAACUAUUCAAGUCUCAGGUUUAGCCAAUCCCGCCAUUUUCAAAGCAGACCCCAGAAUAAGAACAGAAACAUCGUACACGUUGAUUUGGGAAGUAGAUAGUUAUUCGCCUAUCAUACAGUAUAAUUUACGUUUUAGGAAGCAACAGAGAGGAGAUACCGAUGGCCACUGGAUACAAUUAAUUAUUCCCACACAGAAUUCCUUUACGAGUGUGAUUCACUCGGAAUCGUAUAGAUUAUCUGGAUUAGAACCAGCUACCGUAUACGAAGCGGUAAUUUCUUCUAAGAAUGAAUUCGGAUGGAGUGAACCAUCGAAGUCGUUUCUUUUCGCAACCGUUGGAACAAAUGUUGAAGAAGUCCCGCAAGAAUUGGAUUUUUCUCCAGAUACCACAACUUUAUCCACCACUACCAUUCAAGUUUUAGAUACAAAAAGUGAUGAAGAAUACCAAGAAAAUUCGCCAUUUGUUGGAAAUGCGUCGAAACUGAAAGUUCCUUUAGUUAUUAUUUUACUGACAAGUAUAAUUAUUUUACACUAAAUUUUACUUUUAAAAUAAUAAUUGAAAAAAAAAAAAAACGAUGCUUACAUUCCAUCAGUUUAUUUUUCACUUUUGUGUUCGCCAAUCAAAUCGUAAAGAUAUUUUUAAGAUUUUUUUUUGUUUCUUGUUAAUGAUGUACCUUCAUUUUUAAAUUUUGAGCUGAAUUGUAGAAUUUUAGUUGUAUAUAGUCAAAAGGUUACAACUUAUUCGUAGAUAUACAAAUGUUGUUUUUUGAAUUUUCUUAUUAUCGUAAAAUUUAGACUAACAUAAUAACGUAUGUACCUACCUAUUUAUAAUUUUCUACGAAGGU